CCGUCGCUCUGCUGCGAGCCUGAAUGCAUCACUCGCUGCCAUCCACUUGUCCUGCUUCCUUAUAUCUCUGCGGAUAUGUAACGAAACUUUAUAUACACUAAUGCGUGUGCCCAUCAGUGGAUGAUUGGCUGCUGUCGACGUUUUCUUUUUUUUUUUUUUUUUUUUUUUUUUAAUUAUUACUAUUUUUGUUGUAAUUGUUCCCCAUAGCGGCGCUGCGUUCACUUGCAGUGCCAUCGUGCUGCUUUAAAAUGAAGACUGGCUGUAAUCAAAUGAUGACGAUGGACACACGAUCUAUUACAGCACACGACCAAGGUGGCAGCAGACUCUGUGAUCAUCAUGUGCUCCCUCCAUGCAGAGGAAUAAUGCUAAACCUGAUGACAGUGGGAUCCGUAUAAAUGACCAGCAACACAAUGAACACCAGCGUUUUGCCAUCAGACCUGGUGGAUGUGCCAAGACAGCACACCUUCAACGGCACACCUGGCGCGCACACGCCUUCAGGUUGGGCCGUGAUCCACACCGCUACUCUGACCUUUUGCUCCCUCCUCCUCAUCUUCAUCUUCUUCCUGGGCUCUUACGGCAAUCUCGUGGUGUUCCUGUCUUUUUUCGACCCGGCAUUUCGCAAGUUCCGCACCAACUUUGACUUUAUGAUCCUCAACCUCUCGUUCUGCGACCUGUUCAUUUGCUGCGUGACCGCUCCCAUGUUUGCUCUGGUUCUCUUCCUGGAUGCAGGUGGAGGGGACGGCGUCUCCAAGAGUUUCUGCUUCGCCUUCCACUUGACCAGCUCGGGCUUCAUCAUCAUGUCCCUGGAGACGGUAGCCGUUAUUGCUUUACACAGGUUGCGCAUGGUUUUGGGGCAGCAGCCCAACCGCACCGCCUCCUUUCCCUGCACCCUGGCCCUCACUGCCCUUCUGUGGACGUCCAGCUUCACCAUGGCCGCUCUCCUUACCAUGCGAGCCUACCCACGAAGAGAUGGACCCUGUUUGCCGCAUUUUGGCCUGGGAAAUGGACAGGCCAGAGUUGUGUUGUACGUCUACCUGGCAGACUUUGCUUUUUGCGUUGCUGUGGUAUCUGUCUCCUACGUAAUGAUUGCUCAGACUCUGAGAAAAAAUGCACAAGUCAGGAAGUGUCCCAUUGUCAGUGUAGAUGCCACAUGUCCACAUCCGCCGCCUCCUCUCCUUGCAGCCGGGUUUGAGAGCAUGCAGUGUGCUGUUCAAGGCCCUUCUCUGUACCGCAACCAGACUUACAACAAACUCCAGAAUGUACAGACACACUCUUACGUCACCAGGACCAACCAGCCUGUGGUUCCUGGAGCGGCCCAGGGGGCCACAUGCUGUCAGAUCGUCUCUUCUGUCAACUUGGCAACAGCUAAAGACUCUAAGGCAGUGGUGACCUGUGUUGUUAUUGUGUUCUCCGUGCUGUUUUGCUGCUUGCCAAUGGGGUUUUCGUUGGCGCAGGACGUUUUGUCUCCUAAAAGUACUUUUGGACACUAUCAGUUUGAACUGUGCGGCUUUGUGCUCAUUUUUCUCAAAUCGGGCAUUAAUCCAUUUGUGUACUCGCGCAACAGCGCAGGCCUCCGCCGCCGUGUGCUGUGCUGCGUUCAGUGGGCUGCACUGGGCUUUCUAUGUUUCAAACAAAAGACUCGCCUGCAUGCAAUGGGGAAGGGGAGCCUGGAAGUCAAUCGCAAUAAAUCUUCCCACCAUGAGACCAACUCUGCAUACGUGUUGUCACCUAAGCCGCAGAGGAGGCUGGUGGACCAGGCGUGUGGGCCCAGCCACUCCAAGGAGUGUGGUGGGAGUCCCAGGGUUCCAGGUGUGCGCAAACCUCGCCUCCCAAGUACCUCUACGCCGAUCAAUACCCGCAUUGAGCCCUACUACAGUAUAUACAACAGCAGUCCCUCCGCGGGGCCCAGCUCUCCCACCAGCCUGCAGCCCGUCAGCUCUCAGACGUUUGCCUUUGCCAAAUCUUACGUAGCCAUGCACUACCACACUCACCAAGACGCACUGCAAGACUUUGACAGCACAUCAGCACACCAGAUUCCCAUUCCCUCCGUCUAAUCGGAGAACAAAAAGACUUGAGCAGCAUUGUGUUGUUAAAUUCAUGCAAAUGAAAACAGACAUUUUUAAUGUUUUUGAAAAUCAGUACUAACCUCUUGUUUUCUCCAUUAGAUAUAAAUGCUAUCGAGAAUUAUAAGCUUGGUUGUUGUAAUAAUUAAGUUGCUCUUUUUGUGUGUCCGCUCAAAAAACUUACUCUUUUACUGAUUUUAUUUCUCUUAUGGAUAGUUUCACAUAAAUCUCCCCUAUUGUGUGCAGGCUUGUGCCACUAUAACCCCCAAUUAUGGAGGUUUCCUCUGCCUGCCUCCCCUCCAGCUGACGUUUCGGAGCACUGACACCUGCUUUUACUUCGUCAGACAGCCAUGUGCGCCUCACAUGGCUGUCAGUGGAAUGUGGUUGCACUUCAAUGGACUUUUGCUUGUUAAGAAAAAUGUAUUUGUGAGCAUCAUGCAUUUUUAAACACAAUAAAUGUAUCCUAAA